CCAUAUUGUAUUCAGUUGACGGCCGAACUACGUGAGAUAAUAAAUACAGCUUAGAAACCUUAACAUAAGAAACCACUAGAAUGAAAGACACCAAAGCCAACGAAGCAUCGCAGGAUCUGGACCGGGAGUUCGCCUCCACGACGACCCUCCACGGCAUCGGCCAGGUGAUCGACAACCAGAGAGUGGCCGUGAAACUCGUCUGGCUGGGUCUCCUGUUGGGGUGUAUGGGUGUCUGCUCAUUUCAGAUCAUAGAUCGAGUCAAGAGCUACUUGGAAUACAACGCCUCCACAUCACUAUCGGUGGACUAUGUUGGAGAUUUGAGAUUUCCAGCAGUGACUAUUUGCAAUUUCAACAGAUACCGUAAGACGGCUUUGGCAAACGAGUCGUGGCAAUUGAAGCACGCUCUGUCUGCGGCAGAUUACGACUACGACUCAUACGACGAUAGAGUCAACGUGAGCGAGCCGGACUCCGGAUACAACUUCAGCUACGGGGCAUUCACAAGACGUACGGGUUUCAUUAUGGACAACGCUAGCUUGCUGGCCUGCUCCUGGCGUGGGAAGGAUGGUAGCUGUAGCGCUGAAAAUUUCACCCAUUCAUUUACAUCUUUCGGCAACUGUUGGACCUUCAACUCCGGUAGUGAGAAACAAUCGGAGAUCUUGUCUCAGUUCCAGUCUGGGAGUGGGAAUGGACUACAACUCACGAUUGACAUCCAAGAGUUUGAGUACACGGAGACUAUUGAUGGUAAUGUGGAGGCAGGGUUGAAAGUCCUCGUUCACGAUCAGCUGACACCGACCCUAGCCGUAGACUCAGCAGGUCUGGCCAUUGCGCCUGGUGUCCAUGCUUUCAUCGCUGUCAGACAAAUUAAGCACUUGAACUUGGGGCCACCAUGGGGUGAUUGUAGCACAGACAAACAGCUCGAGUACUACCGAGGAUACACGCUAGAGGGCUGCACGGUCGAAUGCCGCGCCAGAGCCAUUAAAAAAAUGUGCAAAUGCAGACUCGUACGGCACCCUGGCGACGCUCCGGAGUGUUCGCCCGAAGUUGUGGAAGACUGUGCAACUCCGACGUUAAUGCAACUGAAAUCUGGUGUAAUUGAUCAGUGUGAUUGCCCGAUACCCUGCAACUACACCGAGUACAGUACCGCCAUAUCAACAGCUAGGCUACCAAACAAGAACGUCGCCAGGGAAUUUGCGGAAUCGUGUGACUUUGAUUAUAUAAACGAGGCUUACAUAAGAGAUAACUGCAUGAUGAUUGACAUCUAUUACGAUACGAUGAACUAUCAUGUCUACAAACAGUCACCGGCUAUUACCACGUCAGCUCUCAUAAGUGACGUUGGCGGUCAACUUGGCCUGUUCGUCGGGGCAAGUUUCAUCACCUUGGCAGAGAUUAUCUUCUACAUUGCCCGUAAAGUGCGUGUCCUAAUGUGCACCAACAAAAUCAAGCCGUCUCGGGAUGAUGUUAUAAACAUUCAGGGCAUGGCAGAGAAGGGACACGAGGGACCGGUGUCCUAG